GAUGCAGGAAGGGCAAUAAAUUAUUUCCCUUUCGAUCAACAGAAACACACUCAAAUGAGUAAUCGACUGCAAGGCAGCAUCAUCACCAAUAUCCCUCGCACCUUCACCACCGUUCGCAAACACUCCUUCUCUGCUCCCACUCCCAGGGUUUGGUUCAAUAGUUUACCAAUCGGCAUGGAAGGAAAUGAUAUCUCCAUCUCCACGGUUGCUUCCGAGAUGGUAGUCGGUGACCGUGAGCUUCUCGACAAGAAAAUCGCUGCAAUUCGAAGCACUGGUCAUCAAAAACUCCAGGUAAUUGCAGAUUUUGAUCGCACAUUAACAAAGUAUUCGAUCAAUGGCCAACUUGGGUCAAGCAGUCAUGGCCUUUUGCGACAGGAGAAUCCAGAAUUUGAUGCCAAGAGGCGGCAAUUAUUUGAAUAUUAUCAUCCAUUAGAGUUUUCCCCAACAAUUCCAAUCGAAGAGAAAACAAGGCUCAUGGAGGAGUGGUGGGGGAAAACUCAUGCACUUCUUAUUGAGGGAGGCCUUACAUAUGAUGCAAUAAAGCAAUCCGUUGCUAAUGCCUCAAUUGCUUUUAGGGAGGGUGUUGCUGAACUUUUUGAAUUUUUGGAGGAAAGAGACAUUCCUGUUCUUAUAUUUUCCGCAGGGCUUGCUGAUAUCAUAGAAGAGGUCCUGAGGCAGAAACUUCAUAGAUCUUUCAAAAAUGUUAAAAUUGUCUCAAACAGAAUGAUAUUUGACAGUGACGGUCGCCUUGUCUCUUUUAAAGGGAAGACUAUUCAUAGCCUCAAUAAAAAUGAGCAUGCUCUUGAUAUGGCUGCUCCUUUACAUGACCGAUUGGGUGAUAUUAAUGGGUCAACUGAUGACAAUGCCUCGGUGAAGAGGAGGACCAAUGUGCUGCUUCUUGGUGAUCACAUUGGAGACUUGGGAAUGUCUGAUGGUUUGAACUAUGAGACUCGAAUAUCAGUGGGUUUUCUGAAUGACCAUAUUGAGAAAUCUCUUAGUAGCUACAGCAAAGCCUUUGAUGUUGUUUACCUGAAUGAUGCACCCAUGUGGGGAGUAGUCAAGCUUGUCUCUCAGCUAUGUUCAGCUGGAGUUGAUUAAAUGCCACCUUACCUCUCAACUUCAUUUAUUUGAAGGUUAGGAAAUUUGGAUUUGUGCAUGUCAGCUACUGAUCUAGGAAGCUCCAUGCAUACCCUUAUGCCUGCAAUGUUGCCUUUAUCAUUUUAUAAGAUCAGUACUGAUGCUAGGGUUCAGAAUGGCCGUGACACAUGAUGGAGCUAAAUUUUUAGUGUGGAGGAUGAUCAAAAGAGCUAUGGAGAUUGUCACUAUAUUACAUGGGCACUAUACUAUUACAGUGAUAAAAGAUGGGUAGUUUUGUUAGGUUGGCAUGAAUUGUGUUGAUAGUUGGAAGAUGAAUCAUAUGCGCAAGAACUUAUUAGCCAAACCAUGUUAAUUUGAGUAGGUAUAAAAAAUUAGCUGAUUCAAUUUAACUAUGCCCCUUCGUAAUUAUUGGACUCCCAUGAAAAGCCUUUUGGGUUAGCUUGCCA